AGAGCUCUGCUGUCCGUGAACACACCGCCGCUUGCUAGAAGUUAUUUGAAUCUGUUUUGUUCCUUGGUUGACAUAAUGGAAACGUGUGUCACGACACAACCAGUGGAGCUCGCAGACAUUUUUCUGCCGCUGUCGUCCCUGCGCCUCCUCAUCCCCCCACUGCGGCUGGUGUCGGCGGCAAUGUGGCAGGUUGCCCAGCGGAAGGACGUGUCGGACUACGAGAAGCUCGACAGUUUUGUGACGCUAGUGACAGCGACGGUACCGGACCUGCUGGAACCCAAACAGCGGGCAAAGCUGCUGCUUCAUCUGCGAGCCAGAAUCAUUCUAGACUUAUGUGGUGAUGAGCAGACGGCCAGCUUGAUGUGUGUACAGCCUCAUCUGGAGCGCAUGCGGCCAUCCGGGUACACCGGGAGCGGCGAUGCUGAGGUGGACGCAGAGGAAGCCAUUUUCCUGGAGCUCAUCCAGACGCUGCUGAACGACCCGGCAGAGAGGGAACACUUCUACCAGGAGGUCUUCCAACAAGAAUACGGCCUCAGUUACGACACAGACAUGCAGCUCCUUGUCUGGGAGUUCCUGUCGAAGCUGGAGAAGCUCCUGCCGGUGCCGGACCUCGGUCAGACGGUGUCCUGGCUCAGCUCUGCCCCCUCUGUACUGGAGGACUGCUUGCAGGCUCUGUCCAACGCCGAUGAUCUGCGGUCUCUAUUACAACACCACAAGUGCCUGGAGGGCCUCGGCACAAGAGGUAAUGCCGUGGCGAUGUCCUCCCAGGUCUUCGCCUGCUCCCAGUGUCCCUUCUUCCACAUGCAGGAGUCCUAUCUGCUCCUGCACAUUGAACGCGCUCACCCUGAGGAGUACAGCAAGCUGCAGAGGGCCACCGAGGCCGCCCAGGGCUCCAAGAAGAAGCCCCCACGCCCCGAGUUUCCCAAACCUUUCCCCAUCCACACCCCGCCAGACCCCCAUACCUGCCAGGAGUGUGGGAAGUCGUUCACACGCGCCUCCGACGUCACCCGCCACCAACGCAUUCACACGGGUGAGCGGCCGUACACAUGCCCGGAGUGUGACAAGGGCUUCAAGAACUCGUGGGAUCUGAGCCGACACCAGCGCAUCCACACGGGGGAGCGACCCUUCUUCUGCCCGCAGUGUGGGAAGGGAUUCACCCAGAUGGGUUUACUGAAGCUGCACUUUGAGCGCACAGCCUGUAGCCAGGCCUGCGACCCACUGCUGGAGACCAUCACGGAGGAGGUGGUGGCGGAGGAGAAGGUCAGCACUCAGUACAAAUGCCAGAAAUGUGGCGAGAGCUUCGACACCAUCCUGGAGAGGCUGAGGCAUCGGCAGAGCCACGUGGUCAAGCGCCAGUACAAGUGUCCGCAGUGCGAGAAGGUCUACAGCCGGGCCUCCGACCUAAAGAGGCACCAGAUGAAGCACACGGGUGAGCGGCCGUUCACAUGCGAGUGCGGCAAAAGUUUCACACACGUGUGGCUGCUCAACAAACACCAGCAGACUCACGCCAAGGAGCGUCCUCACACCUGCCCCGAGUGUGGCAAGAGCUUCGCCCAGCUGCAGAUCCUAAACCGGCACCUGCUGACGCACAGUGGCCAGCGGCCCUUCCAGUGCUCCUACUGCGACAAGAGCUUCACCCAAAUGGCGGGCCUGACGCGCCACGAGAGGAUCCACACGGGUGAGCGGCCGUUCCUGUGUGCGGCCUGCGACAAGGCCUUCCUGACGCACGGUGAGCUGGUUAGGCACCAGCGCAGCCACAGCAACCUGCGGCCGUACGCCUGCCCACAGUGCCCCAAGAGCUUCAAGACCAAGCGCGCCCAGAGCGAGCACCUCAACACACACACAGGUGAGCGCCCGUACAUGUGCACGCGCUGCGGGAAACGAUUCGCCAAGUCGACCUCGCUGGUGCGCCACAAUCUGAUGCACACCGGCGAGCGGCCCCACCAGUGUGCCCAGUGCGGGAAGACCUUCCUCACCUCCGGCGAGCUCCUCCUCCACCGGCGGAUCCACACGGGAGAGAGACCGUACCCCUGCUCCUACUGCGAGAGGAGGUUCCGCUGCUCCUCCGACCUCAAAAUGCACAUGCGGACGCACACGGGGGAGAAGCCAUACGACUGCCUGUUCUGCAGGAAGGGCUUCUCCACCUCCACCAGGCUGAAGCGCCACAUGCGGACGCACAUAGCAAAGGGUCUGAUAGUGGAAUCCCUGUGACGGCUGCUGAGGAACAAAGGCACCGUGAGGGGUUUUUAUUAUUAUUUUUAAAUAAAACUGAUGCUUUUAAUCCAAUUAACAGCAGUAAUUGUCUUAUUUAAAAAGACGCUGGUGUAAAUGUAUUAGGAACAGAGCAGUUUAUUGCCAGUGGUUAAUGUCAAAUACCGGUGGGGUAGCGUCCUCAUGGUUAAGA